UAAAACAGGAAGUGGUUGAUCUAGAAUCACGAGCAUUGCGGUUGAUUGUUCGUCUCGGGCAGCCUUUCAGGGCAUUUUUGCUAGCGCGGCAGCGCGGCGGAGAAUACAAGAGGAUCGCGUCGGAUCGUGAUAUCAUUGUACAGGUCAAAGAUGUAACUUCUGUUCGAGACUUGAUGGACAUCGGGACGGUGGAAAUACUGUAGAUGCAUGUUUUCUCCCCAAUGUAAGGCUAAGUGUGAGUUCAGUAGGGAAUUGCAAAUAAAACGAUUCUGAAGAGAGACGAGUUGGGAAUUGGCUGUGACAGAGACUUUCUGAAGGACUUUUCGGUCGUUCUUGGAGCGGGAAUCUGAC